GUCUGUCAAGUUUAUUUUCAAGAUGACUACGGUGGAGCGUCGACACAUUUUUCUCCGGCCGAACUAGAGGUAUUGUUCGUAUUCAUUCUUGUUCAACGUUACAGAAUCGACAUCAAUGGCAAGUGUUUUGCUACGAAACGUGACUCGUGUAAGAUUAGGCAAACAUUUGAGGAAUACCCGGAUAACGGUGAGGACGAGCGACGAGAGGUACAUCAUGACGAGCCGGGCGAGACUCGACAAGGUCUUGGAGGAACUGCAAAAGAAUCCCUAUUACGAUAAAUAUGCUGGGAAAAUUGCCAAGCUGCAACAAACUAGUCCGGAAGAGUUUCUACAACGCGUCGAGCAACAGGAAAAUGCUCGCGAUAAGAAAGUUAAAAAGAAACAAGCUGCAAAGUUGUAUCAAACUGAGGCAAAACCAAUUUUGGAGCCCGAUACGCAGGCACAAGAGGCGCGAUUAAGUAAUAUAAUGAAGGUUGACAUGAUAAAAGAUAAGACAAAGGAAGAGAUUAUAGAAAUAUGGAAAGAGUAUCAUAAGCAAAAGGAUUGUAUUUGCGGAACUAUGACACCCGAGCAAUACGAUACGAUGUUUGCGCGUGGCAAGCAAUAUUCUACCUUUCUAUUACCAUUACCGAAAGAACGCGGCUAUGAAUUUGUUAUGUGUCAAUUCUAUGGUUCGGAAGUACACAUGACGCCACUUUUGUGGUAUCAGGCGCAUAAAGAGAACGCACCCGAGUGUUUAACCAUGAUACAUUAUACUGAAUUGAGAGACGAUAAGGGCAUUAUACUCAUGCGGGGAGAAUUUGAUACAAAAUUACUACAAGUACACGAAGCCCAAUGUCUAGCUAACGAACUGCAAUUAUAUUAUUGUAACGAUAACAAACACAGGUUACAGUUGCUUGAAACAUUUACCCAUAAACCUAAUGAAUUUAAACAUAUGGAUCUCAUAGCUCAAUUAGAAACAAUAUCUCUAGAGGUACCUAAUGUUGAGAAGAAGAAAUGAAAAAAUAUUGUAAAAAAUUUCUAUAUUGCUCCUUGUUAUUUAAUGUAGUAUAACUAUAUGUACGAAAGAAAUAAAUAUUUUUAAAAUUAA